UCGCGUCUCCUCUUCGCGUGGCUAUGGUUGUGGAUGGUGGUAGCGGCGGUCGCCGGAAUAAGGCGAGGUAUGUGGACAAGAAUGUAGGGAGUAGUAGCAGCAAUCGAUCGAGCGGUGCCGCCAAGCAGCAGCAGCAGCAGCAGCCCGCGAAAUCGAAGGCCGAGCAGAGAUUUCCGCGGCAGCAGCAGCAGCAGCAGCGCCAGGUCCCAAAUCCAGCUGGUUUUGUGAAGAAAGUCGAUCGCUCCACGGACAAGCUCGUGAGAUUUCUCUACCAGCGGUUUAAGGCUUUGAAGGAUGCGAGGAAUUCUUUGUGUGAUCGCGAUGGUUUUCUGGAGCAGCAUGCUUCUGGAUAUGAUAUACUUGGCAUGCGACACCACUUCUUUCAUUACGUGGAAUACUUCGAAUGGGCUCCAGGAGCAACGUCUUGUUCGCUCAUUGGAGACUUCAACAAUUGGGAUUGCACGAAAAACCGCGCUGAGAAAGGCUACUUUGGCCGAGACGACUAUGGCACCUGGAGAAUCACCGUGGAAGACAAGCUGCGAGAGGGCCAAGAGAAAGAUCCUCACUGGCAAGAGUACAACUAUUCAGUCGAAUACGAUCGAGGUGACGGGGAUAUAGACAUCGAGGCACUCUACCAAAAGAUGGAGGACGAGUACUGGGAGCCUGGAGAGGACCAGUACUUGAAAGACACACGGCCUUUCGAGGAGGCUCUUUUCAAGUCGAUCUUUGGGGAAAACUUCGGCUGCAUCAAAGUUGGAAAGGAGGAGGAAGUAAACGAACUGGCCUACAACACCGAAGACGAGGAAACCAUGGACUACUCCAAGUUUCCACCGGGUUACGAGGAAUGGGUGAAGAAAACCGAUCAAGCUCACUUGCCUCCGCUCAAGCAGGAUCCAACGCGUUACAGCGAGCCGACAGUGGUCGAUGAUCCAGUGUGGAGGGAGCGAGUUUUAGCGAAGAAGCCACCACUUCCAAUCUGGGAGUAUACCGUCAAGGGGUUCAAAGCUUGGGAGAAGAAGUACCUUCCUGCGAUUCCUCACGGCUCUCGUGUGAGAGUUUACUUCAAAACUCCGGAAGGUCCCGUGGAGCGAGUUCCAGCAUGGGCAAAGUAUGUUCUUCCUGAUCCGGAUGGAAAGAUGUGGAGUGCGGUGUAUUGGGAACCGCCUAUCCAGGAGAGGCACCAGUGGCAGCACGAGAGACCAAAGCCUCCAAAGUCGCUUCGAAUUUACGAGUGUCACGUUGGUAUGAGCAGUGAAGAGGCCGGGAUCUCUACAUUCAAGCGUUUCAGUCAGGAGGUUCUUCCACACGUAAAAAAGUGUGGCUACAACGUUGUGCAGCUCAUGGGAGUGCAAGAACAUGUCGACUACUCCAGUGUUGGUUACAAGGUGACGAACCAAUUUGCUGUGAGUAGUCGGUUUGGAACUCCAGAAGAUUUCAAGUUUCUGGUCGAUACUGCGCAUGGACUGGGAUUGCUCGUUUUUAUGGAUAUUGUCCACUCUCACGUUGCUCCUGACGAAGUAUGUGGACUGGCAAUGUUUGAUGGCGCAAACGAUUGUUUCUUACAUGUAGGAAAAAGGGGCCACCAUAAACGCUGGGGAACGCGCUUAUUCAAGUAUGGAGAGCACGAAGUAAAGCGGUUUUUACUGUCAAACUUGAAGUGGUGGGUUGAAGAGUAUCGCAUUGAUGGCUUUUACUUCCAUUCGGUUGGCUCCAUGCUCUACACACACAAUGGCUUCGCAAAAUUUACUGGAAGCCUUGACGAGUAUUGCAACCAAUAUGUCAAUGUGGACGCACACAUUUACUUGAUCCUUGCAAAUGAGCUUCUUCACAAUCUUACGCCUCGUAUUAUCACCAUUGCUGAAGAUGCAACAUUGUUUCCCGGGUUGUGUGCCCCUCAUGAGCAAGGUGGUUUUGGUUUUGACUAUUACGUAAGCACAGCUCCUUCCGAUAUGUGGCUAUAUCUCAUAGAAAAAGUUCCUUUGGAGGAAUGGAGUGUUAAGCAGAUAGCUGAAAGCCUGCUCAAAAUCUCCAAUUCAGAUGGCAAAGCUCUGGUGUAUGUGGAGAAUCACAGCCAGUCCAUCUCUGGCGGGAAAUCUCUCUUCCAAGCACUUAUUGAGAAGAAUGUGGAAUACCCGGAUGCUGUAAACAUGCUCAGGAGUGUUUCCAUGAUAAAAAUGAUCAAGCUUCUCACUGCUUCUUUAGGCGGGUCAGCGUAUCUCACCUUCAUGGGUAACGAGUUUGGCCAUACAGAGCGCGUGGAGUUCCCGAGAGUGACUAAUAACUUCUCUUACGAGUUUGCUCGUCGGAGAUGGUCCUUGCUGGAUGACAAAUGGCACGCAAAGCUUGCAGAGUUUGACAAUGCGCUUAUGGCAAUCGAGCAGAAGUAUUUGUUUCUCAGCAGCAAUGCACCAGUGACGAACUUGCAAGUCGAUGAUUUGUCGAAGACCAUUGUUUUCACUCAAGAUAACUUAAUCUUUGCCUACAACUUCCAUCCUCGCAAGUCAGCCGAUGAGUAUGAGAUCCUUGUCGAUGAGCCUGGCCGAUAUGAGUUGCUCUUGGAUACCGAUGAUGUUAAAUAUGGUGGGAUGGGUCGGCUUAAAACUAAACAGAAGAGGAUUAACGUCUUUAGCAUGAAGUUGUCCCUCACGCUACCACAAUUGAGUGCACAGGUAUGUCGACUGGAAGCUUACGUCUGUCUCAUGCAUGAAUGCUAUAGGUUUAUAGACUUGCAAAAAUCUGGGAUGCUGCAGUCAGUGUGAUGUAAAAAAGCUGGCAUCUAUACAUAUAAAGCGAUAGUGGGGAGGCUCGCCGGCCGUUGGAUCC